ACAGAGGGGGCAGGAGGGAAGAAAAGCUUAUUUUUUUAUUUUUUUAAAUAUACCUUUAAAGAACACAAAAAGCACAGGCAACUGUUCUCAGUGUAGUUCAAUUAAUUUGCAAAAAAGACAAACUUUUACUGAGAAACAGUUUUUACUCACAUUCUAUUUGGAAACUGUCCCUCAUUCUUUUCCUAAGGCACAAUAAUCAUGAAAUGGAAAAUCUGAUAUUGUGACAACUCUAAUCCCCAACACAUAUCCAUAAGCCCCUAGUCAAACAUACCACUCCAUCAGAGUAAAAGACAAGGGGAUUAUAUCAUAGAGGAAGCACAGGGACAAAGUAUAGACCUGGAUUCAAAGCAGCCGUGAAACAAGUGAGAGAUUUCCAGUAAAGUCAUGAUCCAUUCAUUUUUAAAAGAAUAAAACAAAUUUCCUCAUUUGAAUUUUAGAAUUACCUUCAGACAACAGUACAGAGUCUGGCUAGAAACACAGAUUUAGGGAGUAAUGACAGUAAUCGAAUCCCACAGCUACUCUUUUUUUUUUUUUUUUUUUUUUAAUUAUACCAAGUUUCACACUCAAGUAUGUCAUCAGCCACAUUAACAUUAGAGUCUUUAAUCUCCAAACAGAGUGUCUGGGGUUUGAUUCCCAUGCAGAGAAAGUGGUGUUUCAGAUAACACAAUGAUUAACACAGCAGAGCAGACUGUACCUGCCAGUAUGUUACAUAAAAUCACACUGCAGUGCUGCCGCUGUACAACAGAAAUAAAAUAUAUAACGUGUCAUUUCUGACAUCCAGGUCGUAUCUGUGCUCGAAGGCUGAGCUCACCGUGGGGCCUUCAGCGGGGCUUUAACAUACACGCUGUUAUGAUCGUCAGAAAUCUGACUCACAAAUGCUUUCUCUGCCAUUUCCUCCCUAAUGCUUAUGCCCUUUACUCCUCACAGAAGCUCGAUACCUGAGCGCUGACUUACUGGAAAGGUUUUCUUCAUCUUAUUGUAGAAAUAGUAAAAUCUAAGCCGGUCAAGCAUGCUUUGUUAAUCUGCUAUUUUCCGGCGGAAAAGCAGCAUUUACUUAGAAAUAUUACCAAGCACUUAAAAAGCCACUGCCUAACUAAAAAGACAGUGAUUUGUAAAGAUAAGAGAGGCGUGAAGCAAAGCAGAAGUGGCUUAAAUAGCAGGCAUGUCUCUGCACUGCAUUACAAGGCUGUAAAGUGUCCUUUGUGUGAGGAUAGACCGGGCGCCAUCAUAUAACAUUAGAGGCCUAUAGGCGCCGUCGGGAGCUGUGACGGACUGCACGUUGCUCUGAGCUUGACUGGUCUCGUGAAACCCCACCCUGAAAAUGUGUAGUGUUAUGUCCAGACAUCUCCCUGUCUCCAGGCUGCAAAGGAAGGCCAAAAUAGAAGCAACGACCAAAUAGAUGGCACCGGGAUGAGUCUAGGCAGCAAGAAAGGAGUCAGGGUGACUGGAAAGUAUGUGCCUCCGGUGGAUAGGAACAGCAGAGGAGGUGGCCCAUCCAUCGUCCACGGUCCCGUCAGUACCCCAGUAACUCCCAACACUCCCACAGUUAUCUCCAUUGGCCCUCUGCCUCACCAGCCCCCAGAGCAAGUUGAUGAUCCCUCUGUGGAUGAAGCUGACGCUGGGGAUGACUGGACCACAGAGGCAUCAUGUCAAACCAGGUUGUCCUAUGGUAAAAUGGGUGUUCCAAGGCAGACCAUGGAAGAGCUGAAGACCAUCCUGAGGGUCAGUCCCCUGCUCAGUAUCCGGGAAAGACAUGAGGGGAAACCAGGGAGUCCCUACACAUAUCUCCACGGAAGCAGCACUAGUGGUGGAGGGACGGACGGACGGCAGGAUGAUGGAAACUCUCACAGGGCGUUCAGCACCUUCAAACCACACUCUGAUGCUUCCAGAAGGGGGCCCAGAUCCAGAGGUAGCACAUCUAUUCAGCUGCCCUCCACCAUGGAUUCAUCCAGCUCGUUCAGGUUCAGUGCCAACACAAAUAGGCAGCCUGAACUCAGGACCCACACAUAUGCGAGUGGUGGCUCCUGGGGAGAGACUGGAGGUUCUCAUACAGAUAACGGAAAAGACACUAUUGAGAUCUCUGGGAACCAGAGGUUCAUUGCAGCCAUGGAGCAAAUUAAACAACAAAUAGCACGCGACAAUAUCAACUUCGUCCGCUUUGAAGCCACUGACCUCCAUGGGGUGUCAAGGUCCAAGACAGUACCUGUUCGCUUCUUCCAUGAGAAAGCAGUAUAUGGGGUACCAAUGCCAAGAAGCUAUUUGGAGCUAACCCUGAGCCCACAAAGCAAUGAAGUGGACCAUGCAAACACUGCCAACUUCAGUAGUGAUGUCCUUCUGAUCCCUGACCUUUCGACUUUUAGGGUCCUACCCUGGGCUGAACAAACAGCACGGGUCAUCUGCGACCCAUGCACCGUGACCGGAAGCCCCCUUCGCACUUCACCUCGCCUCAUUGCCAAGCAGCUUCUCGGUCAGCUCCAAAGCCUGGGUUUCUCCCUGCACUCAUCCUUCACCUAUGAAUGUUGUGUACUAGGAGCGCCGGACCGGAUUGGACCAAAGACACUCCUGUUCCCUGCCACAACACUGCUCAGCAACCAUGACCUGCCUUUCUUCCAGCAGCUGGUGGACAGCAUGUACUGCAUGGGGGCUGACAUAGACAGCAUCGCUUCUGCAAGUGGCCCUGGGCAGAUGGAGAUCAACCUGAGGCCAGAGUUUGGGAUUGCUGCCGCUGACAGCGCCUUCACCUUCCGCACCGGCAUCAAAGAAAUGGCUCGCAAACACAGCUACAUUGCCAGCUUUUUUACUGACGAUGGUCUAUACAAUGCUGGGGUGCUCUCUCAUAGCCUGUGGGAUGCUAAUGGGCGACGCAGUCUCUUCCACAGUGGAGAGAAAGCAGGCGAGGUGUCUGAGAUUGGUAGAAAAUGGUUGGCAGGCCUCCUGACCCACUCUGCUGCCCUGAGCUGUUUGAUGUCACCCGGCCUGGGUUGCAGAAGUCACAUUGCCAAAACCAUCAAAGAUCCCAAGCGGUUGCUGUAUGCCACUUGUGGCAGCAAUGAUAACAGCAGUUCCUUCAACAUAAAGUGUCACGGUGGGAGGGAGACACACAUUGACAACAAGCUGGGCUCAGCCAUGGCCAACCCUUACAUUGUUCUUGCAGCUACAGUGGCUGCAGGACUGGAUGGUAUCAGAAGAAACCUCAAUGUUGAAAGCAGUCUUAACAAAGCCCCUAGCCAACAGAGGGAGUUCACCAUUCCAGUAAAGCUUGAUGAUGCUCUGGAGGCGCUGGGGGAGGAUCAUGUCAUCCGCAGUGCCCUUGGAGAGCCGUUUAUUCAGUAUUUCAUCGCCAUGAAGAAGUUUGAGAUUGAGACCCAGGAAAUGAAUGAUGAGAGGAACAAGUGCUUUGAGUAUUUCAUAUAGAAACCCAGAAUUUACUUUAUACAAAACACACUUUCUCCUGCCAAACAACUAAAAGCAUGUGAAGCAGCUGCUUGAAUGUACACAAUUUUAUUUUAUACAAUGUUGAUACAUUAUUAUUAGACACACUGUAGAUAUUUUAGAAGAUAUUACUUCAAAAUAAAGGCAUUAAACCCCCCAAAUAAAAAGCAGUAUUGUGCUAUUUUUUUGUUGAGCUAUUUUGUUGUUGUAUGCACACGGCAAAACACUGUUCUGGACAAUGGUUUUUAACCAGAAAACUGACACAUUACUUCAAUGUGCAUGUACAUUAUCCAUACCAGUAGUAUCAAACCAAAACAGGCCUAUUAUCUGCAAUAGAAUGCUACAGUGUUAGCAAUAGCACAGAAGGGCUGAGUCAUUGUCCAUUUGGUCACAGAUUUUCUCUGACCUCCCACCUGAUGUCCUCUUACAAGGUAACACAAGAAGAGCUACUGUGCAUGCUACAUCCUUCCCUUUACUUACUGCCACACAUCCUCUCUGCCCUGCAUAUUUCACAGGCUACAAAAUGUUUGUAUGAGCAGUUCCUCCAUGUUAAUGUUGUGUUAUAGAUUUAUUUUGAUCCACCAGUGCUCAGGCUUUAAAAAUAUGCUUUACAACAUACAUAUUCAAAAUUUAUUGUGCAUAGACAGAUUAGAGAGAUUUUGAUUUUGUAAAGAUAAUGAAUCUUUGACAUGUGACAAACAUUACACAAGAAAUUAAAGUAUAUUUUAGAGAGUUAAAAUAUCAACUGAUAAUAUGUUUUAAUGACAAAGACAUAUGCAACAAGCAGAGUCCUUUGCCCAUCUGUGCUAAAACAUUUGCAAAAGAAGAAUUAGAAAUGCUUUAUUUUGUGCAUAAGAACCAAAAAGUAAUGAAGAAUUUUAGAUUGUUUUGACAAAUUCAGCUAUUAUUUAGGAGUGGAGCCCAAGCAGUUGAGAAAAUUGCAACAGUUUAGUUUUCUGGUGUGUAAUAAGCAUGUUACCCUCUUGGGGUCCCUAUCUUGGCUGCAGUUUGAUAGACUUCUUAUUUUUUUCUGUGGCCUCAGUAUAACUCAGCUGCUCAGCUAAAUUUUUGACUUAAUUAAAAGCCACCACUCAUCAUUGUCUU